CACCCGUCCAGCGUCGCAGGCGUGUCGUGGAACGGUUGCUGUUGGUGUAGACAAGUCACGUAUAAAUAUAGUUCGUUGAAGCUCGUUUCUUUCGUUAUUGACUGCAGGGAGAGUAACGUUAUUUAGUCUGUUUGUGCAUUUGCUUUAUCGUUAGGCGUUUGUUUCAUGUUGUGAACUAGGCUACCCCUUUUUUAUUUAAAAUCCACCGUUUCACUUAAAAAUGAGUGAUAACGAUGAUAUCGAAGUCGAUAGCGACGAAGACUCAUCGAGAUAUCACAAUGUGGCUGACAAACGAGCACACCACAAUGCACUGGAGCGCAAACGUAGGGAUCACAUCAAAGACAGCUUUCACAGCCUGCGAGAUUCCGUGCCCGCCUUGCAAGGGGAAAAGGUUGGUAGAGAGGUGGCGUCACUCCUACGCGACGCUCGUCCCUCAACAGGGACCAGUGCAGGCGGAAUCGUCGCGCUGUCUGACCAAUCUAUCAAACAGGCGUCCCGAGCUCAGAUUCUAGACAAAGCCACAGACUAUAUCCAGUACAUGAGGAGGAAAAACCACACCCACCAGCAGGACAUCGACGACCUGAAGAGGCAGAACGCACUGCUGGAGCAGCAAGUGCGUGCCCUGGAGAAGGUGAAGGGUUCGACGCAGCUCCAGGCCAGCUACAGUUCUUCAGACAGCAACCUGUACACCAACCCUAAAGGCAGCGCUGUGUCCGCUUUCGACGGAGGCUCUGACUCCAGCUCCGAGUCCGAGCCAGAGGAACCCCCAGCCCCCAGGAAGAAGCUCCGCGUGGAGGCCAGCUAGGACUCUGUACUAGCCCACAGUGCCACGCCUGGUGUGGAGGGGUACUGCAGGCACGGGUACUGGUCCAGUAGCCAGUACUUAUCCUGUAAUUCCCACUACAUUCUUUCUCUGGAUGUGCUCUCACUGCAUAGUGAAGACUCCAAUCCUUCCCUCAUGAUCUGUCUAUCCUGAAGUCUCUUCAUCACGCUAUCCACUGGAGAGGGAGAGGGACGGAGAGAGAGCGAGCGAGGGAGAGGGAGGGAGCUGAGAGGAAGAACAUUGAUUUUUAGAACAUAACGUGCAAGGAAAAAAAAAAACAUUUUCCCUUUCUCGCUCUCUCUCCCCUUUCCUCUCCUCUCUCAGCAAUGUCAACUAUCCAAAACUCUCUCCUCCCAGUGGAAGGCUACGGAGAGAAGAGGCGUACUCCUCCAAGCACUGCUGAAAUAUUAUUUUGUUUUUUUGUGUUUUUUUUGUUGUCUUUGUCUGUUUUAGAAUUUACACAUGUCAAGCAGAGUCGUCUGUCGGAGAAGCUUACCUUUUUUUAAACCAUUUUUUAAAACCAACUUUUUUUCCACAAAAAGAAUUUGAAGCUAAAUAUUGAUGUAAAACUGAAAGAAAAACCCACCUCAGGCCCAUAGAAUUAGUUUUCCUUUUUGAAACACGGUGAAAUUAAAACAAAUAUAAUCCCCUUUUUAUAGAAAAUCAUUGAUGUUUUGGUAAAAAGGACUAGAUUCCUUCUGUCUUUUAGCUUGAACUAGUGAAUGACUUUAGGUGGCUGAGUCGGUAAUCUCCAUGUUUUAAAGAAAUACGAACAUUAUUGAUUGUAUGUUUUUCAAGUUCUCAAAAAAAAUGUUAUGCAUUUUGUAUUCUCACAAAUUUGUCACUUGUAGUUGUGCUUCUUCAAAGGUAUGAAAUAGAUAUGAAUGUCAAUGUAGUUCCCGUUUUCUAUUCAAUUUGAGGACAAAAUGACGUCCCUGUCAAGGUGUUGUGAAUUACACAGUGAACUCUUAAUGUCGGCGACUCCCCAAGUGGAAAAAAAAAGAAAGCGUUUUGCGUGUCUAGGAAAUGUGUGUAUGUUUAUCUUUUCAAUUAUCUCCCCUCCCUCCCCCAUUUUAGGGUAUAAUUAGUGUUAAACUAAAUAAUCUUUGUCUGAUUCCAUUCCAUGGAAAUUACAAGUAUGUUGUACAUACUGCCAACAAUUGUCUUGCAAGUUGAGGCCUACCUUUACUAUGAGACUAUAAAUAAAACUAUUUUAUCCUCUAAAAA